AUGCCCUCGUCGUCACGGGAGCCGGCAGGCCUCCCCGACCGCCACGUUACCGCCGACAGCAUCGAGGACGCCUACGUGCGCUUCAUCUUCUACUGCAACCCGGCCCUGCCCCACGACGCCGACACGGCCAGCUUGCGCGAGGCCUUUCGCAGCCCGCCCCGGAGCGGCGGCAAGGUUUUCCACCCCUUCACCAUCUUUGGCCUCGUCGCCCGCUUCUACGCCCGCGACAUCAAGACCUGGACCGAGUUGACGACGCUCCUCGGCGUCGAGCCCCCCGACCUCUCCAAGGAUGAAAGCGCCCAAAAGGUGGCCCAGUACGGCGUGCGCUUGAAGAAGUGGAUGAACUCGAUGCAUGUCAGAGCCUUCUUUGAGUAUCUCAUGAGCAUGCCCAACGACUAUUGGACCAACCUUCCCGCCGACCCCAACCCCAUUGCCUGCCCUGUCCGCGAUGGCGUAGCCGUCGAAGACGACAUGGCCCUGCGCGCACUCAUCCCGCACAUACGCCCCAAGAGAGGUCGCAAAAGACCGGAUGCCGAUGAGCCCGUCGCCUCCCCCGCCCAGAAGUCGCGCCUCUCGGAUCCCUCCAUGGUCGAUGACCACCCGCAGCCGUGGUCGGCACACCCACCCGGACAAGGCCCACUGCCGGCCGCCGCGGCAGAUCCGGAGCAGGACGGUGACGAGUGGGGGCGCAACGAUUCCCUGCAGACGCCCCUCAGCCGGUGGCCGCAGUCGGUCGUGACGCCAUCGUCGCGCGGCACCUUCUGGGACGACACUCUGGAGCCUCGGUCCGCCGUGACCCCCUCGAGACCGAAGCCGUCCAGCCACAGGAGGGGGGCCAAGAACGUCUCUUCUGCCUGGAAGCCAGGCGGCAUCUGUGCCGGCGCGAAGCAACGAGGACGGCCCCCGGUCAACCGCACGCCCGUCGACGGACCCAGUCCCGCCUCGCAGAGCUGGAAACCGUUUCAGGAUGUCGACCCAAGCUUUACCGGGCCUCCUCCGGCGAUGAAGCAGGAGCAGGAUCACUACCAGCCUGAGCCUCCUCACCACGAGAAUCCUCACAAAGGGUCGAGUAGACCCUCGCGGCCGAGCAUCUCGCUGCAGGUCCCGGAACGAGAAGGUGGUGCCGUGCGCCUGGCCACGCCGCCAUCGCCUCGGCAAACAGAACCGGCGGAGAGUGGACAACAAGGCAGUGGCGCCGCCGCCGCCGCCGCCGCUGAACAGGGCCCGCAGCAAGACGCCUCGCAGACGAAGCAAACGUCCAACGGCUGGGAGCGGCUCGCAAAAGAGGCGACGGACGCGUACGAGCAAGCCAGCAACGUGCCGAGCAACGGGUGCGAGGGCCCGGAGAACAUGCCCGAGUACUACUUUGAGAAGAUGGAGGACCGAACCAACGUGGACGCGCUCGUUUCGUACUUUGUGCGCUCCAUGUCCGACUCGGAGUGGGUGGACCUCGAGGGCAACCCGGACGAGCCGGCGUCGGUGGAGGAGUCGACGGCGCUGGUCAACGCCAUGCUGCAAAACAUGUUCAAGACGUCGACGUCGCCCCAGGCCUUUCUCAUCAACCUGGCGGCGCUGGCGGGGUCCAUGACGCUGGUGACGACGCGGCCCAAGUGCGUGCGCAUGGGCGAAAACGACGACUCGUACGUCUACAAGUGCGACUGGGAGUACCGCUUCGGCCACGUCAAGGGCGGCUUCACCAUGCCGCAGUACGUGCCGCGCACCAUGUGGAAGAAGCCCGAGGCGGGCCCGCCGGACGCACAGCAGCAGCAGCAGCAGCAACAGACGCCGCUCACGGCCGAGGACUGGAAGAGAAAGUACCAGGCGUUGGCCGAGGAGGUGCACAAGCGCAACACGGAGCUGGCGGAGCUUCGGACCAAGGUCAUGACGUCGCUGGGGCGCGAAUGGAUGGAGCCGUGA